AUGGCAUCCCUCAAUGCUGCCAGCCAUGCGGCGGCCCUUGAAAAGUUUAACAAGUCUCUCAAAGGACAGGCCCUCGAGACCUCGAUCUACAAGCUGACUUCCCUCCUCAAGUUGAGGCAAAUCCAAGGCUCCGAGCCAUGCGCCAUCGCAACCGCAAACCUCCUUCUCCAAGUCGUCGCGAAAUCCAAAGUUUCCGAAGUCGAUCAGCUCCUCGCCCACAUCUCAGCUGUUGGCAGCCAGCUAGUUGCCGCCCAGCCCAAGGAACCCGUAGUCGGAAAUAUCGUGCGGCGCGUGCUUGGCCUAAUCAGAGACGAAGCUGAGGAGGACAGGAAUGGUGGGAUUAGUCGAUCUUCCGGACAUGCCACGCCUACGGACUUCCAGCCUCUAACCUCCGCAGUCCCGGCCGUCCCGUCGGGAUCCGAUUCCCUCUCGAAUUUAAGACAUGCCCUAGCUCGAUCCUCCGCUCAUCCCUCGCCGCCGGGCUACUCGAUCGGCAAGACCAAGUCCCUUCUUCAUCUCCUGUCAGCAGCUGGCCCUACGGAUGGCAGCAGCUUAUCGGGUAUGAAUCUGUCGGGCGCGUCCACGCCUACGGGGCACGGUCGAGCUAGAUUCCAGGCCGUGAGGGGAGAAGUUAUUGAUGGAAUCGAAGAGAUCAAGGACGAGAUUGACCAGGUUGACGAUCAGAUAUCCGCCAAUGCGGAAGCGCAAAUACGGCCGGGCGAAUAUGUCUUGGUCUACGAGCCCUCGGCAACCGUGCGACGGUUUCUCCUGAAGGCGGCGUCGAAACGAAAGUUUACCGUCGUCACCGUCGUCCACCCCUCCCGCCGCCAAGCUGCCGCGAGCAUUUAUGGCGAUCUCAGCAAAGGUCUGGCCAAGCACGGCGUGUCUACCAUCAGUGUUGUUAGCAGCGCCGUGAUGGCUUAUAUGCCGCAUGUCGACAAGGUGGUGCUUGGGGCUCGGGCAGUGUUUGCGAACGGUAGCGUGCUCCUCGAUGCGGAUGCGGGUAACAUUGCCAGGACGGCCAAGAAGCGAGGCAGUGCGGUAGUGAUUCUGAGUGGUGUCUACAACUUUAGCCCGGAGAUUCCUUUCGAUGAAGAGGCUUUGGUCGAUUGGGGCAACCCCUCGCAAUCGGUCAACUACUCGGAUGGCGGCAUUGUCAACUACAUCGCAGUGCAGAACCCAACCACGGACUUGAUACCCGAGGACCUCGUCGACGUCUACAUUACCAAUCUCGGUGUGCACUCGAGAGAUCAUCUCUCCAAUAUCAUCGAUGAGCACUACAAGCCAGAGGAUCUGGACUUUUACAUCCCGGCGGCAGCCCACUAA